AUGUCCCGGGCUAAUGGUACUACGAACGGCACUCAGGAACAGCCAAACAAGGCAGCCGAGAUUGGCUGGCUGUUUGUUCCGCAGUUCUACACGACCAUGAACCAGAACCCAACGCAGCUCCACCGUUUCUACACCAAGCGCAGCACGAUGGUGCAUGCAGGAGAGAACGAGGAUGUUGCUCCGAGCUUUGGACAGCAGGAUAUCCACACGCGUUUUCAGGAUCUCGCGUUUGUGGAUACCAAAGUAUACGUGUCGAACGUCGAUAGCCAGGCUUCUGCGGACGGCGGUAUCAUUAUCCAGGUGCUCGGCGAAAUGUCGAACAAGGGCAACGCUUGGCGCAAGUUUGCCCAAACCUUCUUCCUGGCUCAGCAGCCGAAUGGGUUCUACGUGCUGAACGACAUCUUCCGCUACCUGAAGGACGAGUCCUCGGAGGAGGCCGAGCCCACAAAGGAGGCCGAGCACGAACAUGUGCCGCAGGCUCUUCCCAGCGAGCCGAAACCCGCCGAGGAUGCGCCCAAGGAGCCCGAGCCAGUGUCGCUUACGCCUGCUGCAGAGCCUGUGCCUGUGCCUGUGCCUGUGAUGGCUGCCCCAGUGGCUGCACCUAUGGAGCCCGCCGCGCCCGCCGCGCCCGCUGCGCCCGCCGCGCCCAAGACUUGGGCGAAUCUCGCGGCGAGCAAUGCAACGAAAUGGGGCAGUGCUGCACCACCGACGCCGGCCGUGUCGCAGUCCAGCACCGCGCCGCCCAAGUUAGCCCGCCCAGGAAGCGGCCAGCGCUCCGCACACGUUUUUAUCAAAAACGUGACCGGUAGUGCCGCGGUGAACGACACGCUGAAGCAAGCGCUCGAGUCGCAGUUUGGGCCCGUGAAGGAUGUGCAGGUGAACAUGGGCAAGAACUUUGCGUUUGCCGAGUUUGCCUCGCACGACGCUGCGCAGCGGGCGAUUACGCAGAGCACGGGCGGCGGGAUCAAGGUCGGUGAUGCCACCGUCCAGAUCGAGCAGCGCCGCGUGAAUGAGCGCAGCGGCGGCGGCAACAACCGCAGUCGUGGCGGCAACCGCGGCGGCAACCGCGGCGGCAGCCAUGUGGCCUAA